AUGUUUCUGUCGUACUCCGCCGUGCCUUUGUUCGCUUUCACGAUACUGUUGAAUUUCUUCUUCUUGUACUCACCCAUCGAAUCGGCGAUAAACGGAAUGAUCUACGAUACGUGCCAGGAUUGUCUGGCUAGCCCAUGCCACGCAAAUGCAAACAGGCCGUGCAUUUCCAGAUCCGACGGCGGGUACUUCUGUUUCACGUGUGAUACCGAAAAUGGCAACCAACAGUUCUACAGCGAAGACGAAUGCAAGAAAGGCUGCCUGGACCCGAAGUGGUCGUGCAACUGUAACGACGCGUGUUUCGUGUGCAUCGCAAAUGAUGCCAUCAAAAAUGCUAGUUUAGCGAAUUGCGAUUUGCCAACCAAGGAGGACUUGGACGUAACGUGCGUGUAA